AUGCCAGAUAACUAUGAUAAUACAAUAUCAACUGAAUCUUGCAGUAUUCCGAGAGAAUUUAAUAUUCAAUUCAUUUACAAGCAUCUUGGAUGUUUACAUUUAGUUAUUGCUUCAGGUAUGCUUUAUUCUCUUAUAAUGAUAAAAAUGAAUGGAAUCCAUGUAUCACAAUUAUUAUCGUCUGCUUAUUCAGUGACUUUUGUGACAGUUCAUCUUUUAACAAAACAAUUGAACUGGAUAGUUUACAUAUACACCUUACUAACAAUAAUUACUAUUAUAUUCCAUAUAAAACUCUCAAAGAUACAAGUCAAAGGAUGGAUGUUAACAGUGAAACAAUAUUUUCUUACUAAAUUAUCAAUUCAAAAUACAUAUUAUUCACCAAAUGAAGCAACUAAAAUAAAUUAG